UAGCUUUUUCGAAUCUGAUUAUGGCAACACUUGUAUGAACUGUCAUGUCACUUGUCACUUUCUCGAUGGCUUCAAUGUUGUGAACGUGAAUUUCUUAUUUUCAUAAUACAUAUGUGUUUACUCGACAAGUUUUAUUGCUUUUUGCCGAUACAUCAACGUCAUCGCUACUGAAACACUAAUUAGUUCAAGUGACCAGUAUUACGUCGCGAAUUCAGUACGAAAUGUCAUAAAUAUGUGGCGCGCGUAACGGAUGCAUCGUUUCCUACAUUCCUUAGCCAUAAACGAAACGUAACGUUUGUUUCCUAUGUGAUGUUAUUGCAAAUUGGUGGCGGGUAGCUUCGGAAGAUGCCUUUCAAGUUGAAGUUGAAGAAGACGCGGCAGUACAAUGUUGCGUCGAAGAGUUUGUUUGUGAUAAGUGUGGAGCUGCUGGAUGGCGGGGUGGCGGACUGCACGCUGUCGGUGGACAGCACGGGGCAGGAGUGCCUCGACAACGUGUGCCAGCGGCAGGCCAUCACGCAGCCGGAGCUGUUCGGCCUGCGUUAUGUCAACCGCACGCAGCAGCCGCGCUGGGUGCAGCUCGAGAGGCCGCUCAAGCGCCAGCUCGAGAAGUACGCGUCCUCUCACCAGCUGUACCUGCGGGUCAUGUACUACGUCAUCUCUGGCACUAGUUUGAUCACAGAUGAGGUCACCAGGUACCAUUACUUCUUGCAACUGAAGAAUGACCUGAUAGAAGGCAGGAUUAUAUGUGAUUGCCAGCAAGCUGUGGUGCUUGCGUCGUACAGUAGACAAGCAGAGUAUGGAAACCAUGACCGGGAGCGACACACAGUGGAAUACCUUAAGAAUUUGUUGACAUUUCCUAAACAAAUGCUAGAUGGUGGACAAAUUAUUGAUGGAAGCACUCUGGCGGAGACUGGCCGGCUGGAGUGGCUCACUGAGGCUGUUAUACAACACCACAUGGCCUUACACAACAUGUCUCAGGCGCAAGCGGAAGAGGGGUUUAUCACGACGUGCCAGCAGCUACGCGGCUACGGCCAGGAGAUGUUCAGCGCGCGCGACCAGCUCAACCAGAGCGAGGUCACCAUCGCCAUCUCACUCACCGGCAUCAGAGUACUGACAGAAACGAGCGAGACACCACAUUUCUACAGAUGGAUGGACAUAACGAACGUGAUAAACCACAAGCGAACGUUCAGCAUCGAGUGCCAGAAGCAGACGGGCUCGGCGUCCUUCAACCUGGCGAGCCCCGAGGACGGCAAGUACGUGUGGUGGUCGUGCGUGCAGCAGCACACCUUCUACAUGAAGCACCAGAGCGCGCUCAGCGAGGCGCCGCGGGACGAGCACAGGCCCAAGUUCCAGGAGCACGGUCUGUCAGACAGCCGCGAGGAGCUGGAUGCGCGCGAGCUGGGCAGCGUGUCCCGGCUGGAGCCGCUGACGUCAGCACACCGCGCCUACUCCACGUCCUGCCUGGAGCUGGCCGACCAGCACCACCUGCAGCAUCAGCCGCCGCCGCUGCACCAGAGCAGAGCGCUCUUACCCUCAUACCGGCCGGCGCCCGACUACGAGACGGCCGUCCAACAGAAGUACCAGCAGCAGCGCGCCGAGGCCCAGCUGCGCUACCAGAACCACCACGCGGGGCUGGCGGGGGCCAAGCCCUACGGCUCGCACCCCGACGUGCAGCGCGGGUACCCCGACGUCACGCGACACACCGCCCCCCUCGCCCCACUCGCCCCUCUAGCACCCCUCGCCGCCCUCGCACAGCCCAACACAGACGACUACCCCUACGGACUCAAAUUCCUGGGCACCAACUACCCCUUCGCAGUAAAUCCAAAUGUGCAAACAGAUUUAAACCAGUUACAUUAUGUUAAUGUGUAUAAACCCCCGCCCCCCUACCCCUCCAAUGGUUUAGCUUCCAACUCGACCCCGGACCUCGCCGUCGCUAGCCAAGCACUGAACUAUCAUAGAGGGUAUAUCAACUCACACGUGUCGGGAUCCAGCCCAGACCUAGUGUCGACGCGGACGGCGCUAAAUAGACAGUACCUAGGAUAUAUCAACACUAGUCAUAUCAACUACGGCCGGCCCAACAUAAUGCCCGGCACGCACGGAACAUACAACAACCUCGCCUCAGUAUUAGACCCCAAACCACACAUUAUUAUAGACCCCCACCACAUAUCCGACAACAUUCAAAAAGUUUACGAUGAAAGAGGGAAUAUUAUGUACUCGAUGCCGAUGCACAGGAUACCUUACCAGCGCCACGUCGUUCUACCUCAGUCACAACAAAUUAAAAUAGGCGACACCCAAGAGCCGAUUUACGAGAACGUCCCAUUACCGUGGCAGAGCGAGGGCAAGAUCACAAUGCGAGACCGAGCGCAGAGCCUGACCACCACGGACGAGAUCGCGCGACUAAACGAGCGAAACAGCAGUCACCCCACUAUAAACAAAUACUUGUCGCCCAACACAAACAUUCCGUACGCGGGCGUGAAGGCGGACAGUCCGGACGGGCACUACGUGAACGCGCAGAUCAUCAAGGGAGUGCGGUCGGGUAGCGCGCCGCGCUCAGUGGGCGGGGACGUGCCCGCGCGCGCGCCCGAGCACGCCGCGCGCGCGCCCGAGCACGACGCGCGCGUGCCCGAGCACGAGGCGGCCGCGCGCGCGCUCGAGCGCCUGGCGCUGCACGCCGCCGACGACACGCCCUACCAGAGCCUGUCGGCGCAGCGCGCGCCCGCCGACAACGUCACAUCCAUCGUGGUGGGCGACAGCAGCGGGCUGGAGACCUCGGCCAGCAGCAGCAUGGAGGCGGACGCCAAGCCCGGCAAGGACAAGAAGCGGCGCCGCUGGGGCGUGUGGAUGGGCCGCAGCAAGGCCGAGCCGCGCUCCGCCACGCUGGGCCGCAGCCGCGCCGCGCCGCAAGCCCACACCCACCGCUGGUCCACCGGACUGCCCAAGUUCCAGCCCCUGCCGCCCAGCAUCACCAAAGAGACUAUGAUUCAAAUUCUGGAACGGAAACUAUCGGACGAGCAGCUAUCAUUCGCGUUCGAGCAGUUGCCCAAGGGCCGCGAGUCCGGCGGGUCGUUCCGCACGGCGCUACUGGCGCAGCACGCGCCACACAACGGCUUCAGCACCGACCACCUGCCCUACGACGACAACAGGCUGCGGCUACAUCCCACGCCCGAUAACCCGCACGGGUAUAUCAACGCCUCGCAUAUUACGAUGACAGUAGGUAGCACGCAGCGCUUCUACGUAUUAGCGAAAGUAGGAAACCUACCGAGCUCUACAGGGGGCGGGACGACGAGUGUGGGCGGGGCCGGGGGCGGGACGUGUCCCUGUGGCGGCGGCUGCGCGCUGCUGUGGGCGGCGGCCUGGCAGGUGGGCGCGGGGCUGCUGGCGCGCGUGGGCGGCCCGCAGCAGCCGCACUACUUGCCGCCAGACAACACCACCAAGGACUACGGGAAGUUCCAGGUGAGCGCGGGCAGCACGUCGCGCACGUGGUGGGGCGCGUCGCUGCGGCUGGCGCUGCGGGCGGGCGCGCGCCGCCGCAGCCUGUGGCACGUGCACUUCGCGGCCUGGCCCGCCGCCAGCGCCACGCCGCAUCCACACGACUUCCUCGGUCAGCCACAGUUGCGUAAAAGCGAGAAAGUAUGCAUUAGCAUCAAGAACAUCUCGCUUUACGAAACUGAAUAUUUAUCACUGAAUCCAUGUACCUUUUAUAUAAUGUAUGUCUGCAACGUAUGUUGUUGUCGCUGUGCAGCGUUCCUGUCGGAGGUGAACAGCCUGCGGGUGUCGUGCGAGGCGGAGGCGGCGGGCGGCGGGGCGCGCGCGCCGCUGCUGCUGAGCUGCGAGCUGGGCGCCGGCCGCAGCGGGGUCGCGCUGGCCGCGGACCUGCUGCACGACAUACUCGACAACAACCAGGAGCUAGACAUCCCGCGCACGAUCAGCAUGCUGCACCAGCAGCGCGCCAACAUGAUACAGAACGUGCAGCAGUACAAGUUCCUGCACCAGCUGCUGCUGCAGUACCUCAAGCAGUCGCGCCUUAUAUAGCACCACCACUGUCAAAGAUAGCCACUAAGUAUACACACACCCAUUCAAUGGGAUAUGCAAACUCCUUUAAGGUUUUCCACUGCCUUACAUUUGUAGUUAAGAAAGAAAACAAGAGUUCGGAGGAAAAAACGCCAUAUUAAAAUUUUAAAUAUGGUUUUAAAAGCGAAUUCCUCAAUGUUGAAAAACGACAUUUAUUACGAAUCGAGAAUAGCCAGUAGACACUGUAGUUGCAUUUAUGCUAGGCUCAGUGCGAUGUAGCGAGCCUGAUAUCAUUAUUUUUGUAUAUUAACGUUCUGUAGUAAGCUCAAGGCCUAAAGGCUCGAUUGACAAACAGUACAGCGUUAUUAAAAGUAACAAUAUAUCGAGUGUCACGUCGACACAACGGCCUCGCGGCGGCCCACAGUUGCUCAAUACGACGGUAACAUUAGAGCAAGCCUUACACAAAUUAUCACAUAAUUUGAGCCUAAGGUUAAACAAUAUUGUAAUAUAUAAAGUUCUAAUAUGAACCUUAUCAUUGUAGAUAUAAGAAAUAAUAUCGAUCGACUGGAUCAUAGAUCUAUGUAUUACUAAUGAGAUUUAACGUUCGAUGACUGAGCUGAGAAUUGUUCCACCUUCGUCUAGUGAUUUUGUAUAUUAUGUAUUUAUUUAACGUUUUUAAUUCGUGUUUGUAUAGAAAGUGAUGUUUAUAUAAACUUACCCGAGAGCUAUGUGAUUGUUGAAUGAUUUUUUAUAUGAUAUACCCGUUUUGGGAUGUUUUAAAUGAAUUUAUAUGUAAAUCUAUGAGAAAAGUAUUAU